UGACGAAUGAGAACGGACGUGACUUGGCGCAUGCGCAGUGAAGAAGGGCCUAGGCUUCGCGGACAAUCCCAACGGUCCUGAUCGGCGUGCUGGCUUGAGGGAAGUGGAGGAUUGGACCAAGAUGAGUUUGUUUGGGUCAACAUCAGGAUUUGGAACCGGAGGCACCAGUAUGUUUGGCAGCACUGCUACAGAUAACCACAACCCAAUGAAGGAUAUUGAAGUUACUUCCCCACCUGAUGACAGCAUAGGUUGUUUGGCUUUCAGCCCACCAACGUUGCCGGGUAAUUUCCUUAUUGCUGGAUCAUGGGCAAAUGAUGUUCGUUGUUGGGAAAUCCAGGAUAACGGGCAAACUAUCCCAAAAGCCCAACAGAUGCAUACAGGACCAGUACUAGAUGUUUGCUGGAGUGAUGAUGGAAGUAAAGUGUUCACAGGGUCCUGUGAUAAAACUGCCAAAAUGUGGGAUCUUAACAGUAAUCAAGCAAUACAAAUUGCACAGCAUGAAGCUCCUGUAAAGACCGUCCAUUGGAUUAAAGCACCAAAUUAUAGUUGUGUGAUGACUGGAAGUUGGGAUAAAACAUUAAAGUUUUGGGAUACACGAACCCCCACUCCUAUGAUGACGCUGCAGUUGCCUGAACGAUGCUAUUGUGCUGAUGUGAUAUAUCCCAUGGCCGUUGUGGCUACUGCAGAAAGGGGCUUGAUAGUUUAUCAGUUAGAGAAUCAGCCUUCUGAAUUUAGAAGGAUAGACUCUCCACUUAAACAUCAGCAUCGUUGUGUGGCUAUUUUCAAAGACAAAGUGAACAAACCCACAGGCUUUGCCCUUGGAAGUAUCGAAGGAAGAGUUGCCAUUCAUUAUAUUAACCCACCAAAUCCCGCCAAAGACAACUUUACCUUCAAAUGUCAUCGAUCCAAUGGUACAAACACAUCUGCGCCUCAGGAUAUCUAUGCAGUAAACGGGAUUGCCUUCCAUCCUGCCCACGGCACUCUUGCAACCGUAGGGUCCGAUGGCAGAUUCAGUUUCUGGGAUAAAGAUGCGCGGACAAAGCUAAAAACAUCCGAGCAGCUAGACCAGCCAAUAUCCGCUUGCUGCUUCAACCAUAACGGCAACAUAUUUUCAUAUGCUUCUAGUUAUGACUGGUCAAAGGGGCAUGAAUUCUAUAAUCCCCAAAAGAAAAACUAUAUUUUUCUGCGCAGUGCUGCUGAAGAACUAAAACCUAGAAAUAAAAAGUAUUAAAUCUUAUGGAAGUCAUUAUGAUUCUAGCAGGUGCCACAAGAACUUCAACUGAGGAAGGAAUUUCUACCAGAAACUUAACUAACCAUGCCUGUCAGUUGGGCUUCUUCCUUGUGCUUUUAAUGAGGCCAAAAUAAGAAAAAUCAAAAAAGAAAGAAAAGAAAAGAAAGAAAUGCCCAGUGUCUUUUCCUUUCGUCUGUUUUAAAAAAUGGGAACUGCAUUCACUUUAAUUAUUCUACAUUGGCCAUUUGCUCCUACCUGUACUUGAAGGCUGUGGGCUAUAACCUGUGGCUUAAUUUCCAGUAAUCGUGCACAGGACCGCACUGUGCAUGACAGCAGCACUGCCUCCCUCCUCCAACAGGACUUGGAACAGAAUUGUGGAAUAUUUAACAAUGAAAAAAACAGAAGCAGCUUAAAAUAUUUUAACUUCGCUCAAAGGUUCACAGUAUAUGAACAGACAUAAAAUCAUGAACAAAAUAUUUUCAGGUUUUUUUACCAAGGUUGAGAUUCAUACAUUUUUGCCCCAACUUGGUCUUAAUGCCAUCUUUAUAAGUUCUUUAAAAAUUACCUUGAUUUUUUUUCUAGUAAAACGUUAAGCAAGUGUCCUUAGGAGCAAUCUGGUUGUUACUAUUGAUCUUCUGCACAAUGUGUAGGUAUCUUCAGUGGUCAUUUUAAGAAACCAGUUUUCACAUUGUGGUCAGUGAACUCCAUUCAGGAAAUCUGUUGAAAAAUCAACAAUUAUUUAUGCUUUGGUCUUGAACUUGAUUUAUUUUCUAAGAACAGAUUUCAUAUCCUGAUUGAAUAAAUCCUUAAACUUCAGGCCCCAGGUUUUCACAAGUUACUUCUUUCCAACCCUGAUGGUGCUACUGAAUAAAGCAACAUUUUAUCUGUAUGAGCUAUGUACGUGCUGGAAUUGGAACAGUUUACUAAGAGGCUUGCUAAGCUGUCCAACAAUUUGCAAGUGGUCCAUGAUCUAAAAUAGAAGUUGGGCAUCUUGUUGGAACCCCUUAAUUGUCCAAAUUGAUACAGAAAUGAUGAUGAAUAGAUUAUAAAAUGCAGAUUAACAAUUUGUGAAAUAGGUUGCCACACGAUGACAAAACUACGUGGAGAGAUUGUGAACCUGCAUGAUGAUUUCACAAAACACUGGCUUUGCUUAUGGCUUUUUUUUUUUUACAAUUUUUAUCAUGCAGAUUGUACUCCACACCCUGCUCUAUUGCACCAUCAAUUUGUUCUCUUACCACAAAAAGAAAUAACUUGCCUUCAUUUCUCUUGUCUCUGGCACUCUGUGAUCUUUUCUUGAUCAGCUCCUGCCAGGUAUUAAAAAUAUAAGGGCUGCUAGUGGAAUCAUUUUAAUAAUUCCUCCCACAUGUUCAUAGAUGGCAGUUGUUGGUGCACUACUGGCAAAACAAGGAUUAAUAGAGCUCUUCCACCACCAGCAUUACACACUGGUGUUUGUGUAUAGUUUAAAUAGACUGAAGUCACACAAAGAGCAAAUAGAGUAAAAUUAUUUGUGAACUGUUCUCUUCCUCAUUGUAGGUGAUUGACAUAUGACUUACUCUUCUUUAUCUGUAUAAAUAGGUGUUAGAGGGAACAAAUCUACAGAAUAACUUUUUCUCUGUUGAUGAUUCCUUAGAUGAACUUGAAUGGCAAGCUCCCAGAAAAAUAUUACCCUUCGUCUGUUGAUUGUUUAAAUUAAAUCUGCAUUUAAGAUUCUUCUGAAAUGAGUUUGCCCGAUCAACUUCAUACAUUUUUGCUGAUCUUGCUGAUCAACUGAACAAGUGGUCUUUGACUUACGAUCAUUCAAUGACAGUUCUAGGAAAAGGUGACGACGUGUCCUCAAAGUUAUGACCAUCGCUUCACACACACACACACACACACACACCAUGGUCACGAUUGCAUUUUGGGCUCUUGGCAACCAGCUCAUAUUUACAAUGGUUGUGGAAUCUUGUAGUCAUAUGACCGUGAUUUGUGACCUUCCCAGUCAGUUCCCGACAAACAAAGUCCACUAAAAAUAGUCCUAAAAUUCGGUCUGGUCACAUAUGACUCAUUUAAUGACUACAUCAUUUCGUAACCAAAAUUCCAGUCCCAGUUGUUGUAAGUUGAGGACUACAUGUGUCCACAGUAUUUUGGUAAGUACAAAUUCCAUGGCAGGCAUAGCUGCUUUAAGGCAUUGCGGGGUCCUUGGGCAUUUGGGAUAGAAUGAUUACAGGGACUAAAAGCACAAUAAAUUUGAGGCCAAUUGUUAACACAUGGAAUAAUUGUAAUGACUUGUUUUUAAUUGACAUUUUGUUACAGAUAUUUUUGUUAAUUGGUAAAAUGACAGCUUUGCUCCAACAGCCCUAUGAAAACGUUAUAUAAUAAAUACAUCAAUUCUGCUGUCCCCAAUCCCUUGAGAUGCUUUAAGGGUCAAAUCAGAAACACUACAACUUUACCAAAAACUGGAAUUUCCACAAAAGCAAGGUGAAAAUAUCUGUAAAGCUGCAUGUAGGCAUCAGGAAGGGCAUCCGGCCAGUAAACACUCAGCUCCUUCCAGCUGCCCUGAUUCUACCCUGAACAGAGACUGCAGAGUUGUAAAAAGUGAGUUUUUAUAUAACUAGUGAAAACUUUUAUUAACCAAUAAAGAAACAAGCGAUGGGAUUCAA